UAAAAUCCAAAACGCUCCGUUGAUGGAGACUGUUGUUGUUUAACUACGGUCGGCUUUUAAUUGCGUAGCGUCUCCCCUCGAUCUCUUUUGAUUAGGUCUCUCUCGCUCUCUCUCUCCGCCGUCGAUUUCAUCUGUUCUGAAGAUAUGAAGCUCACCGUUAAGACUCUCAAGGGUAAUCAUUUUGAAAUUAGGGUUCUACCCUCCGAUACGAUAAUGGCGGUGAAGAAGAAUAUAGAGGAUUCACAAGGCAAAGACAAUUAUCCUUGUGGCCAGCAAUUGUUGAUUCACAAUGGAAAAGUUUUGAAAGAUGAAACUAGCUUGGUUGAGAACAAGGUUACCGAGGAAGGUUUCCUCGUCGUUAUGCUUAGCAAGAGCAAAACGGCAGGUUCAGCUGGUCAGUCUUCGGCUCAGCCUGCUUCGGCUGCCAUGUCUACUACUUCUUUGGCUAAGCAGCCUGCAGCACCAACUACAUCCCAGUCUACAGCCGUGCCUCCUUCACUUAUUCCUGCUCAAGAACAACCAGGGGCACCAACUGACGACACCUAUGGACAAGCUGCGUCAACAUUGGUUAGUGGCAGUAGUCUUGAGCAAAUGGUCCAACAGAUAAUGGAAAUGGGAGGCGGAAGCUGGGACAAAGAAACAGUUACUCGUGCACUUCGUGCAGCUUACAACAACCCUGAGAGAGCAGUGGAUUAUUUGUAUUCCGGAAUUCCUGAAACUGCUGAAGUAGCUGUACCUGUACCUGGGGCUCAGUUGGCAGGAUCUGGUGCAUCCCCUGUCGCACCUGCAUCUGGAGGACCUAACUCAUCUCCUUUGGAUUUAUUCCCUCAGGAAACAGUUGCUGCUGCUGGAUCUGGUGAUCAUGGAACGCUUGAAUUUCUUAGAAACAAUGACCAGUUCCAACAAUUACGCACCAUGGUCCAUUCCAACCCUCAAAUUCUCCAGCCGAUGCUUCAGGAACUUGGAAAGCAAAACCCUCAACUUCUGAGGCUAAUUCAAGAGAACCAGGCAGAGUUUCUUCAGUUAGUAAACGAGCCCUAUGAGGGAUCUGACGGGGAUGCUGAUAUGUUCGAUCAACCCGAGCAAGAAAUGCCACAUGCCGUAAAUGUUACCCCAGCAGAGCAAGAAGCGAUUCAACGGCUAGAGGAAAUGGGAUUUGAUAGAGCCUUAGUAAUAGAAGCCUUCCUAGCAUGUGAGCGUAACGAAGAAUUGGCAGCUAACUAUCUAUUGGAGAACUCAGGAGAUUUUGAAGACUGAGUUCACAAAACAUUUUAACCUUCUCUUCUUGGAAAAAGUUUUGGCUCUUUUGUCUUACGUUGAAUAUUUCUCUCAUUGUCCGAGAAUUUAAUGUGUGGGACUUUUCUCCGUUUGCGUUUGCGUUUUGUUGCGAUUUGCGCGGUUGUUUUGCGUUUGAGAUAGAUAUUUAUGGGUAAAAGAAGCAGAGAUACAAAAAAGUGUGGUCACGUGAUUCUUGACGGAUAAACAUAAAAGUGUAAAAGAUAUUUAUCCUAACCAACA